AUGUCUGGCGGUUCGAUACUUUGGGGUAUUAAUUUAGUGUACUUUUUGGCCUUUGGAUCUCUUUAUAUACAGCUUCCAGGCCUUAUUGGAGAUGAUGGUGUUGCACCUGUUCGGCUUCUGGAUCUCUCAAGCCCAAAAACGCUUGAGGAUUUUGUCCUUGGUAUCCCGUCUGUCAUAAGGUUCCGUGAGAGCUUCAAUUUAAGUGCAUACCAUGCUGCUGAACUUCUCGUUCUCAUCGGCCUGUCUCUCUCUUUCUUUGCCUUGGCAGCGCCACAGUUACGUGGUACAUUGUCGCUGAUAAUUCAGUGGAUAUCAUUUUUUUCUGUUGUGAAGCCCUUGCCUGCACCACUGGCGUGGUUUGUCGAGACGAAUCCCACUUGGAUUCUUCGUUUAUUCACAGCAACGAUAGUCGUUUUUGAUGUCUUCGUAUCCUUCCUCUUCUUGGUACCCAUACGCCAAUUGCAAAUAUUCUCCUUCGUUUUCAAGUUUCUCAUGCACGCCAACAUGAUGGUUUCCGGAAACUACGGCACCUACAACAUUUUGUCUAUCGUUUUGAGCUUCGCUCUGCUGCCACCACCACCGCCGCCGCCUUCGAAAAAACGAAAGAGAGACUCGUUCACUUGUCGCAAGGCUGCGUCCUGGGCAGUAACUCUAGCGGUUCUCGCGGUCAUGUGCUACGGCGUGUGGACCGUCUUCGGCUUGCAUGACGGACUCAAGUCACUUCGCAUAGUUAUUCCGCGUCACGCCUUCGUCGCCUACGCCAGACGGGUCAUGUUCUACACCAUUCCCAUCUCCACUCUCCUCUUCAUCUUCACGAUCAUCACCGCCGCGUUCAGGGCCCUCGGAGCAAGGGGGUGCAUGAACAAGAUGUUGGACCUCUCCGGAGUUCUCCUUGUCAGCCUUUUGGGCAUUGGCCUCUUUGUGGCCUCACUGCCACCUCUGUCGAACCUAGAAGACACCGGGAGCGUUGUGCUGUUGCCCCGAUCCGUGCAUGAAAUCAGCGCGGCACUAAAGCCUCUCCACCUUGCCAACGACUACCGCUACUACCACGAGCAUGAUUCGAACGUGCUGAUGAAGACACCAGCGGAAGGCCGGUCAACUCUUGUUCUCGAGGGCGCAAUGAACGAAAACGGACCAUGGAAGGAGCUCUCGUUCUACCAUGUGCCCGACCGCCUCGAGAAGAUACCCACCAUCAUCCCUGGCCACUUGCCUGUGGUGGACCUGGAGGUGGUGUUGAGCGGAGACAAGUCGUUCGAGAACUCGCCAAUUCUUGCCAUCCUCGUCUAUAGAAUACUAACCAAGCAAAAAGAAGUUCUUCAACUCAUUGAGCCAACUGGCUUCAUUGACGGUCCCAAGUACAUUCGCAUUAAAAAGUACACCUACCAGCUGACCAAAUCGAUGAGCGGCAAGGAGUGGUGGCAACGCAGGCUGCAGAACAUCCACCUUCCACCGACGCACGCCUCGACUCCACGACUAACACAGCUCAUGGACAAACUCGGAAUCACCGGCAAACGGCGGGAGCGUCCAGCCGACGCGACAGUCAUCUCCACGUCCCUCGACAAAAUUCGCGCAAUGGUCGGCCAGCCACACAACCUGAACGGUUUCUACGUUGUCUUGGUGAUCGUCCUGCUCAUGAACAAGCUGUUCUAG